AUGUCUGGCAGCUCUGCCGUCCAUCUCUGGCUUUCUGGGCUGCCAGAUGCAAAGCGAAGCUUGAAGCGCCCUCGAGAGCCCAAUAUGGUCACCCCGCCGCGUUCAUGCUUGCAGACGGAGAGGAGUCAGUCGCCCUCCAAGCGAAAGAUGGAUAAAGAUGCAGACGAGGACAACGGCGGCAGCACCAUCAGCAGAUCCGGCAUCGCCCUCAGUCCUCAGCCAUUUUUACCGUCCUUGGUCAUGAGACCCGGCUCAAUCCACCCAGCCUCCAUCGGCCAUUCUUCCGUCGCAUCCUUCGUAUCCCCCCGGCUGCAGCGGCUUGACAAGCCCGUCCUCUAUCGUCCCAUCGACGACGACGAUCCUGACUUCGAGGAACUUCCCAAAGACGUGCGGCAGCUUCAUAACAACAUUUUGGCCGUUACAAUAGACCGGAUAGACAUCUACCCCGCUGAGAUACGUGCGCAGAUUGAAUCUCUGUUGACGCUUCGUCCGCCCCCAGACUGUGCUUACCGGAAACUUGAGAAAGAAACCGAUCAUAACAGGGAGCGGUUGGCGCAAGGGACAGGUAAAACCGAUGGCCCUUUCUUCAACUUCCUUCCCCUCUCGCCUCUGUUUGCUGACAGACUAGAGACCACCACUCUUCCAGCUCGCUUCGCUCUUGCCGAGUUAUACCAGCUACGCACCAUCGAGAGCCUCGCAAAGGAGUGUCUAGCUCUCCGUCGCUCCGAGGCGGCGUGGAAUGCACUUGUUCACGGGCCUCUACUGAAGCUCGCCCUGUCGAGACAGCAUGGGUCUGUCUUUUACGAGUAUGCGACAUCAGCUAGGAUUCUGCCAUCCUUCCGUCCAUCUCUCAUUACUAGAGAGGUGUCGGAAGGCAAGAUGGUGGACUUUGUUCUUGCACCUAGGCUUAGCGCAGAUCUCGACUCGGCCAUUCAGAACAGGCUGAUUGAGCUUUCUAGGCAGAGCACGUCCUCGACGCUUGCUUCGGCCCAGCUCUUCGUCAAUCAAACCGAUUAUACCCCCCUCAUGCGCUCUCCCUUGGCUGUAUCGAUCGAGACCAAGGUUGCGGGGGCUAGCCCCGAGGAGGGCCGCCUGCAUUUGGGCAUAUGGACUGCUUCCUGGUAUAAGCGUAUGGAAAUGCUCGGUAUUGACCGGCUGCCUACAUUACCCCUUAUCCUCGUCUGUGACCACCAGUGGUCUCUCUACUUUGCUAUCGACUGCCUUGAUCGGAUUGAGAUUCGUGGUCCUCUACAGAUUGGCAUGACUGAUCACCUCACAAGAAUCUACGCCCUGCUUGCCGUGCUGAGGUUGCUCAGCACCUGGAUUGACACCACCUUUCGCAGCUGGGUCACCAAUACAUUUAUAACCAGAUGCUAA